AUGAAGUCGAAUAAUCAAUACCCACCCAAAAACAACGGCAGCUACCGAAACAACACAUCAGAUAAUGACAAAGGUGUAAGUAAUGAAAAUACCCCCAGCUACCCGCUAACCAGUAACAAUGCGAACAUGUUCGCCAGGGGUAUGGAGGACAGGAGUCACAGCCCAUCGAAUGGAGCACCGAUGAGUCAGAGCAACAGAGGGGGAACUACAAAUAAUGUUAUGAAAAAUUUGUCCAAAUCUUCGCCCAUUAAUUAUCCAUUAAAUAACCAGUCGUUUUACAACCAACAGAAUAUGCUCUAUAGUAACAAUGGCUUGAGCAAGAGUGGGUAUGGAAGUACGAACAGCCAGCCAAUGAUGCAUAAUGUCAAAAUGGUGACAGCUAUGCGGAAGGCUAGUGACAGUUUAGUCCAAGACAUGAAUGACCCCCUGAACAAACCCUUCGUAUCCAUGAAUUAUAGCAAUUUCCCCAGUAACAUCAAAGGACGGGUGGAUGAAAACGUAGGGAAUUUUCCCCAAGUAACUUAUCGUAAUGUUAUACAAAAUAAUAAUGAGGCAGUUGUAAAAAAUGGACUCAUUGCAUCAGACAUGAGCACUAGUGCUAAUGGGGGCACCACCCACACCAUCAACAAUGUUAAAAAUUUGAGUAGAAUAAAUACGGUGGAUUUUAUUAAUCGUGUUAAUGCCUCUGCCCAGUUGAAUAACGUAAUGGGGAGAAACAGUGGUAAGGCAUUUUCAAAUUUGAGUAAUAUGCAUAGCAAUAUGAACAUGUACCAUGUGAAGAAUGCUAUAGCUGGUGAGGUGCCUAGUGGGGUGUCCGAUGUUAUGCUUAUCAACGGGAAUAAAUUAAACGACACCGUCCAUGGAAAUGUAAAUAAAGGCUUACACCAUGUGAGCAGUAACCUGAACAUGAACUUGGCCCCGUUCGGUGGUGCCCACGGUUAUCCUGUGAUGUGCGGUAGCAAUGGUGGUAGGAAUAAUAUGCCCCAUGUGAGUGGCAUGGGGGGGAUGGCCGCCAUGGCGAAUAUGAACGGAGCCAAUUACAACAUGAGCAAUUUAAAAAAUUCCAUUGGGAAUCUAAACAGAGGUAGCGCAAACAGCGCAAGUGGCGGCAAAAUUUUGAGCCCCAAUUUGAGCGGUUACCCAGGCGCGUUGGGCAGCCUUGGUGUUAGCAGCAGCCACAACGCGGAUGAUGUGGAAAUUAUGCAAGCCAGUGGGAACAGCCCCAGCAGCGCUAUAACCAUUGAGCCCUCCAAAACGAAGAGCUACAGAAAGAGUAACAGCAAAGUUAACCCAAACGAGCUAAAUGAAACAAAAGGUAAAGGAAACAACAGUGUCGUUAGUAACACACCGGUCAUGAAUAACCACCUUAGGAGUGACAUGCGUUCCGGUGCAGCCACGAAGGACCAACAUGGGUUCCUCGUAGAAAAUGGGAAAAAUAAUUCAAGUCAGGACCCGUACAGCGCACACAACUCGGAUGGCAAUUUCGACGGUAGCGCAAAUGCAGGAGGAACGGCUCACGGCAUACACAACGUGAACGGCGGUAUGAGCGGCGGCAUGAGCGGCGGCAUGAACGGCGGCAUGAAUAGCGGCAUGAAUAGCGGCAUGAAGAGUGGCCCCCCCGGCCACGGCUCCAGCGGCAAGCCACAGAUGAACCCAAAUGCCGGCGCCAAUGAGCAAAAUGCGAAUCUCCUAAGCGGAAGGAGUUUCUUGCAAAGCGGAGGAAGUAUCCCAGGAGUACAAAAUAAGAAUGGUUUGACCCCCCAGUAUGACGCUAAUAACGUCCAAGGAGAUAAAGCAGAAAAUGGAAGAGCUAACAAUGUCAUAGGUGACCCGAAAGAGGACACGAAUUCCUUGAUGAAUAAUAACUCUGUUUUAUUGGAGAAAACGAAAAAGAGAAAGAGAAAGGAGAAAGGAAAGGAGCAGGGGACGGAACAGGACACCCCCCCCAAGGGUACCAAAAGGAAAAGCAAAAAUGCGCAAAAUAACUCUGAACAGACUAGGAUAACGAACAACGAUGCGAAUUCUUUACAGGACGUGGCGAGUAGCCAUUUGGUUAAUACUAUGGCAAAUUCGGGGAACGGUACAGAAAUGAUUAACGAUCCAUUGAAUAACAAAAUAUCGAAGAGAAAGCUAAAAGAGAAUAAUGCGGAGAAGGCAAAAAGUGACGAAAAAAAAAGAAAAAAAAAGAUGGAAUCAACAAAUGCGGGAAGUAGUUACCCAUCGGGACAACAGAACAGCGAGGUGGGUCAAACGAGUGAAUAUCUUACCGAGGAUCGAAACGGGUUCUACAUAAGUUCGAGUGUGGCACAUGAAAAUAUGAACAAUGGUGUGAUAAGCACCUACGGAAGUGCUAACUAUGUGAAUAACCCUAUUAACAGGUCUCCUCGGAGUGAUUAUUACAACAGUUUUAAUCAAGACAGACGAGCGGAAGUACCUAACGUAAGUAGCAACUGGGGUGAAAGGGAAAAUAUAAAAAUGAUGAACGGCAACCAGGUAGACGGUGCAGUUAACCCUAACCUUGUAAAAGGGGGUAGGUACAACCCCAACAUGUCAGAUGGUAAUACCAGUAUGAACGAUUUCGUGAAUGAGCAGUUUAGAGAAAAUAAUAAUGCGCAGAUCCUACGCGAUGCACACUUGAGUAAUAGUGCCCAGGGAACUACACACAGUUACAUGGGAGUCGAAGCGAGCAAACAGGUGAAUGACAAUUUAACCCACAUGGUAGUGCAAAAGGGAAACAACAAAAUGUAUAAGAAGGAGCAGUUUCAGCAGAGGGAGCAGUUUCAGCAGAGGGAGCAGUUUCAACAGAGGGAGCAGUUUCAACAGAGGGAGCAGCUUCAACAGAGGGAGCAGCUUCAACAGAGGGAGCAGCUUCAACAGAGGGAGCAGUUAUUACGGAAGGAUCAAAUUAAUGUUGACCCCAAAUUUGUUUGGCUCUUUUUAAAUAAAGAAUUCAGUGAAAAUAAAAAUAAGUAUGCUGGGUUUUUGCCCCUGUUUAAUAGCUACUACCCGAAUAAGCUGAACGAGUUGAUUUGCCAGUUAGAGGAGUACUCCUUGCUAAGCUAUGCACACGUUAUGAGUGAUGCGCACGCGCUGCAGAGGAAGUACUUGGGAGGCUUUAGCCCCGGCGCGGUGGGGACUGGGGACCACGCCGCGAGCAUCACGAGCGUGGCGAAUGCUGCUCAUGGUGCUAAUGGUGCUAAUACCGCUAAUACCGCUAAUGCUGCUAAUAACGCUAAUAACGCUAGUUCUGCUAAUACCGCUAAUGCGGCAGCUUGCGCAAGCAGUGCCUACAGCGACGGCCACAUCGACAAUAAGCUACUCAACAAUAUAAAUAGCAAUUUUAAUGAGCUCAUAAAAAAUUUUAGCAUUGAAAGUGGGCCCGCUCUGAACGCCCCUCUUGGAGAGGUCGAGAACCCGGGGAAGGGGAAGAGGCGGAGAAAGAGUGGCAACAGUGCUGGGAAGGCGAAGAAGGAAGGCGCCGCGAAGGAAAGCGGCACGAAGGAAAGCGGCACGAAGGAGAAACGAGCGAAGAAGGGCCCUACCACGGAGAAUGGCAGCGGCGCGCAAAUUGACAGCACCGUCAACGUGGAGAGCAGCGGAAGCAUAGAAAGAAGGGUCAACGCGGAAGACACCAUGAACCUAGGAAGCGUUGCCAAUGUGGAGAGCAGCGUGAACUGUGAAAGUAGCCUCAAACCGGAGGACGCCCUCAACUGCGAAAAGGACAAGGGUAAGGUAGACAAUGCGCCGACUAGCGGAACGACGAAGAAGCCGAGAAAACCAAGAACAAGCAAAAAAAACGCCUCCGCUAAUGCUAGCACUCCCCAAGUGUUAAUAAACGAACAGGGACAAAUGGUACCUGUAGAAAGUGCGCAAGCGGGGGAAACAACAAACAGCUACUUUCUCAAUGCGAAUGGAUCGAUCGUGAGUGAAAACGCGAGUGAUGUGAUGAACCUCCUUCUGAAGAGUAACAUAGGGAACACAGAAACGAGCCUCAUAAGCAGUAAAAAUGAAUGCGACUCUGUUUAUAAAGGAAACGAAAAUUCAAUUGGGAAAGGAAUGGCCAGCAUAUGUGACAAUACCAUGAGUAACCAAGGGAACUUGCAAAAGGAUGAAAAUGAUCCGAACAAACUUGGUAACACGUUAAAUGAUAUGAACAGUUCAGGUAAAAAUGGAAAAGUGAAAAAGUAUAGGAAAAAAAAAGAUAAUAACAAAUUGGCGUUAGAAGAUAAAGGAGACAUAACAACAUCUGCAAUGGAUAGCACCUAUAUGGAAAAUGAGAAGAAAAAAAAAAAAAAAAAGAAAUGAAUGCUGAGUGAUCUUUCUGUUGAUGUGAAAGGAAAUGAAAACUCGAUUGAACAGAAAUAUCCAAAUGAUGUGGAAGCUGCGUGUGCAGGCGAUAAUGAAGACCUUUCGGCGAGGUAUCUGCUAAAUUGCAUCGUCGAAGAUUACAAUAAGGAGCUGAACAAAAGGAAGAAAAAGGGCAACAGUAAUAAGCAGCCCAGUGAGUCAAAGAAAAAGGCUACAACGAAGGAUGUGGUGAAGAAAGAGAAAGCAGAUCGUAGGGGUAAAAAUAGGACGAAGAAAAUGAAGGAGGUGGAGGAGCAGGAGGAAGGAAAGGAAGAAGGAGAAGAAGAAAAAAAAAAAAAAAAAGAAGAGCAAAUUGAGAUAUACGAAAAUGGGGAAAUGUACGCCCUAGAAUGUGAAGGUGGUACCCACGCAGACAACCUGUAUAACAUCGAGAAUUCCAAUCUUCUCACGCGAAGAAGCAAACAAUUGAAAAAACUUUUCGUUCAACAAGGUAAUAUACUCUACCCCCACAUGAAGAGUUCCCAUGCUGUAAACAAUAACUUAAGUAAAAAUAUGAGAUUAAAUGUGAUCAAUGCUAUUAAAAAGAAAUACAAACGGUUCAGCUUUUGUGUUAAUAAGGUCUUCAGAAAAAACAACAUGAAUGAUAUAAUCGCCUUAAACGAAAAUUUAAAUAAUAACAGUGAACUUUUGUUUUUGUUCAAAAAGAGAGAUAUACGUAACCUAAAAAGGUUGAACUUUUCCUUCUUCAUGAAUAAAUUGGAGCUACAAAAAAUCGACAUGAUUAUAAUGAAGAGGAUAUACAUAUGCGCACAGAAUAUGAAGAACAGUUUAGGGUUCACGUGCGUUAUAAAUAACGUGGAAAAGAUUGUUGCUCUUUUGAAGAAAGCCUUUAGGGAUCGGCUGCAGUUGAUGUGGCCGCUGAUCGAAUUUUCCAGCAAGUAUAGGCUGGACCAGUACUUCCAUCUGUUGACAAAGAACAGGAACAAUCCACAGUCUAGGUUUAAGGACACCCGGCUGUUCGUGCAUCAGAACAUAGCCCCCUUGAUAGCCUACUUCAACCAGAGGACCAUGGACGACAAAAUUGUCGGAUAUAACCAGAAGAGGCUCCUGACACAGAUCACCCCCUACGACUACAAGAACAUUCUCAAUUCUGAGUUCUGUAACAAGCUGUUUACCAUAAAAUGGAGGGAACAACAGGCACUGUUUAUCAACCACCUGCAUUUCGACAUGAUCCCUGAUAAUGAAGAGACAAGGAGUCACUUCGAAAAAGUGUACAUGAGGUAUAUGGGCUACAAUGAAAAUAAGUUAGCCGUUAAGUUGGAAAAUAAAGCAAAGGCAGGAAAAGCCAAGUCUAAGAAUGACAUUGUAGAGGGAGCUAAUAAGACUGAGGGCAAACCGAAGGUCGCAAGGAAAAGAAAGACGAACAAAAAUAAUGAAGAUGCUGAGAAGGAACCCAAAAUUGCUAAACCGAGGAGGAAAUAUGAACGGGUGAAACCUAGGAAGAGUAAAAACCAGAGUGGGAAUGCAGAGGCCGACCAGGGGGUGCAGGGUGUUGAAGCGGGGCCAAGUGUUGAAGGAGCGGAGAAUGUGGGAGGCGCUUAUAAUGUGGGGGGCGCUCAUGAUGCCUCGAUUGGCGUCAAUCCCCCGAAUGACCCCUCGGCCAAGGAAAGCACAUCCAAGAGAAAGGUACGCAAACCAAGAGAACAAAAAACGAAAAGUAAAAGCAAAAAUGCACAAAAUAAUGACCUGACCGUUUUUAAGGGCAAUCCCAAUGCGGUCAUUCAGGCAACCUUAGAUUUCAUGGAUCCCAACAUGUUUACCUAA